AUGACCUUCGGGCGCAGCGGGGCGGCCUCGGUGGUGCUGAACGUGGGCGGCGCCCGGUACUCGCUGUCCCGGGAGCUGCUGAAAGACUUCCCUCUGCGGCGCGUGAGCCGGCUGCACGGCUGCCGCUCGGAGCGCGACGUGCUGGAGGUGUGCGACGACUAUGACCGCGAGCGCAACGAGUACUUCUUCGACCGGCACUCGGAGGCCUUCGGCUUCAUCCUUCUCUACGUCCGCGGCCACGGCAAGCUGCGCUUCGCGCCGCGGAUGUGCGAGCUCUCCUUCUACAAUGAGAUGAUCUAUUGGGGCCUGGAGGGCGCGCACCUAGAGUACUGCUGCCAGCGCCGCCUCGACGACCGCAUGUCCGAUACCUACACCUUCUACACCGCCGAAGAGCCGGGCGCGCUGGGCCGGGACGAGGCGCGACCCGGCGGUGCCGAGGCCGCCCCUUCCCGGCGCUGGCUGGAGCGCAUGCGGCGGACCUUCGAGGAGCCCACGUCGUCGCUGGCCGCGCAGAUCCUGGCCAGCGUGUCAGUGGUGUUCGUGAUCGUGUCCAUGGUGGUGCUGUGCGCCAGCACACUGCCCGAUUGGCGCGCCGCGGCGGCCGACAACCGCAGCCUGGAUGACCGGAGCAGGUACUCCGCCGGCCCUGGGAGGGAGCCCUCCGGGAUAAUUGAAGCUAUCUGCAUAGGUUGGUUCACUGCGGAGUGCAUCGUGAGGUUCAUCGUCUCCAAAAACAAGUGUGAGUUUGUCAAGAGACCCCUGAACAUCAUUGAUUUACUGGCAAUCACACCGUAUUACAUCUCCGUGUUAAUGACCGUGUUUACAGGCGAGAACUCUCAACUGCAGAGGGCUGGAGUCACCUUGCGGGUGCUUAGAAUGAUGAGGAUUUUUUGGGUGAUUAAGCUGGCCCGUCACUUCAUUGGUCUGCAGACACUUGGUUUGACUCUCAAACGAUGCUACCGAGAGAUGGUUAUGUUACUUGUCUUCAUUUGUGUUGCCAUGGCAAUCUUUAGUGCACUUUCUCAGCUUCUUGAACAUGGGUUGGACCUGGAAACAUCCAACAAGGACUUCGCCAGCAUCCCCGCUGCCUGCUGGUGGGUGAUUAUCUCUAUGACUACAGUUGGCUAUGGAGAUAUGUAUCCUAUCACAGUGCCUGGAAGAAUUCUUGGAGGAGUUUGUGUUGUCAGUGGGAUUGUGCUAUUGGCGUUACCUAUCACUUUUAUCUACCAUAGCUUCGUGCAGUGUUAUCAUGAGCUCAAGUUUAGAUCAGCUAGAUAUAGUAGGAGCCUCUCCGCUGAGUUCCUAAAUUAA